UGUUUCUGAAAUUGAGGCACUGGUCACUUCUUGUGUUGUGAUACCCUGCAAAUUCCAAUACCCUGGCACCCAACUUCCGGACUCACGAGACGUGGUCUUCCAUCCUAAAAUAUCCAGAGUGGUCUUGCGGUCAGAAAACAAGCAUCAAUGAAGAACUGGCGACACAAAAUGUGCAUGUCAAAGGAUUUCUAAAUUUGGCUUGAUAUUUUUACAUUUUUUGCCUGAUUAAAAUAUUGUGGAUAUUUAUAAUGGGGUUUUACACAACCCAAAUAAUAUUAAAAUGGGAUAUUAUUAAAAUAUAAACAAUCUGCUAGCUUUAUCUUUCACUUAUCAAGACAAAGAAAUUUGGCUGAUGGCAAUAUUAGUAGAUGUGGUUAUUCAUUUAAUUCAUUUUUCCUCAUAUUCUUUUUUGUUUUACAUACAGGAAAUAUGACUUUGAAAAGCAUGGAGGAAUAAAAAUAGCUCAAAGUUAAGAAAAUGCCCUCGUUUAUAGUUAAAGAUUCAGUAAUUGCAGAUAUUCUUUCACUAGACUGCAUUGGCCUGUAUUUUAUAAGAUAAUAAUAUUGAUUAUUGCAAUUUUUUUCUAGUGGAUCAAACUGAUAAAGCAAGAUAUUGACAAUCAUCUUUGUAGUAGUGAUAGUGUCUAUUAACAGACAAUCUGGGUUAGUUUUAAUAUAUUUAACACUAUAUGAACUUUAAUAGAUUAAUUUAACAUGCAUAAACUAAAUAUCAAGCAAAACCAAUCCAUAUAAAUUAUUUUAUUUCACUUUGACAAAACAAUUUCAUGAAAGCUAUAUUCCCACUAAAGCAGUAGCUAUGGCAUAUCUACUUGAGGGGCAUCACAGCUUUGAGACUCUGUAACCCUGGGUUUUCCUCUUCUAUGUGGCUACAUUGCAAUACGUUUUUGUUCCCUUUUGUUCUUGGUUCUAUUUUCAUACUAAAGGCUAAAUAUUAGGCUGUAAAGGAGAUGGAAUCCUUAAAUGGAAAUAAUAACCAUGUCAUUGUACUCGUUUGUAGCAAAUCCCAGAGAACCAGUGCUGGAACAAAAGAAAAUGUACUUUGUGGAGGGACAACAUGCCCUCUUCAAAUGUUCUGUGAGGCACACUUGCCCCUCCCACCCCCCCAAACUCACUUGGAGCCGUUCAGAAGGUGAGGUCCAUUAUAGCCACAAUAAAAUUCAUGAAGGCACUUGGCAGGUGGAGGCUCUUCUGUCCUUCACAACAAAAGAGCAGGACCAUAACACAGAAAUCAGAUGCAAAGCUGUUUUUCAUGGAAACAAGGAGACUGAAUCUAAAUUCGAGAUGUUUGUUAAAGAAAAACCAAAUAUCCUUCACUUCAUUAUUCCAGUCAUAUCUGUGGUUGGAGCUAUCAUUUUUUUUGUAGUGAUGGGUUUCUUUGUGAUCAAGAAGUACAAGAGACAGAUUCAAGAGCUCCAAUCUAGAAAUGAGAAUGGAUUAUGGAGUCGCAUCUCUAGAGUGUCCAGAAGAUUCAGAAACCACAGGAGGCCGGAGACUGGCAUGGAUGUUGUCAAUAAAUCAAACAACUGUAUGGACACUAUGUCUGGAAUGACUGGAUUCUCAAAACCUCGCUUUCCAUCUCCAAAGAGUGAGCAAAAAAAUUACAACAGAUCAGAGGUCACAUGUUCAGCAGACUAUGAUGAUGAUUACACCAACACAGCUGAUCUCAACGUAUAUGGCAACCUGUAAUGGCGUAGAGACAACCAUUCCAUCAAUGUUGUAUGUUGUUUCUGUCUUAUUUUAUGUUGGUUUACUGGUGUCAUGUCACAUUUCAUUCAUAAUAUAAUCAUGUUCAAAAGGCUGAAAUAUGAAAGUAAUAUCUCCCCACACAUAUUUUUUUUUUAUAAAGAAACAACAAAUGUAAAUGAAAACAAUGUAAAUGAUCAUGAAAAUGCAAGCAAAUGUGUGGUAUUCAUUAGUAGCAGUAUUAGUAAAGAAUAUUAAAAAAAAUGGGCUUAUCAUUUUAUCAUGUUAAGCCCAUUUCUUAGACAAAUAUAAAGUGUACUGAAAUAGGGUGUCAGUGUAUCUAUAAAAUAACACUGAAUAUUUUUUAUCUGCGCAUUUUUUACUAGUUCAAUAUCCCACACUCACACACACACAUAUACUCUCUCUCUCUCUCUCUCUCUCUCUCUCUCUCUUUCUCUCUCUCUCUCUCUCUCUGAUCUCCAGUCUCUGUCUCUAAUACUCUUUAACUGUAAAAAUUUUAAGAAGUCAUUUAUAUUUUCUGCUGUUUUGGUUGUUUUAUUUUAGCCUUUCUUCAAUCUCUUAAUUAUCAUAUAUGUGUUUCCUGGUUUUCUAUUACAUUACAUUUACUGGCCCCAUUUUUGUGCAUGUUCUAGAAUUUAUUAUGUUAAUAUAAUGAAAUAGCGUUUUUAUACAUGUUUCACUUUCCCAUGCUGUCUUUUUUUUAAUGUGCACUCUCCUAGAGUGAUCACACCCAACAUGAGCAAUAAAUUUAUA